ACCAAAUGAUGGCCUUGUUGAUAUGAAAUUCUUCUUGUUGUUAGCUUAAGCAGCUAACCUUCCAUGUUGGUGUAUUUUUCUGUUCUUGAAGUUCUUUUUUGGGAAAGAAGCAUGGCGUUUAUGUCUUCCUCGAUUUCCGUUUUGCUGUCAGCAGUACCGGUUUCUCGCAAAGAGUGCGACAUCCUUUUACGAACGCUUUGAGGUUUUUUCCUUCACACCUCUUAUUUCUUCUUGCGUACUGACGGGGGCGAGAACGGGAGCAGCGCACGUAGCGGUCGUUCUUGUGCUGCCUCAAGUACAACAUCGAACAUGCAGAGUGCAGUAGGGCAAGCUCUGCAGGCCUCAGGCCUACAGAACAAACUCAAGAGUGAGUUGAUUAAGGCUCAGCUUUCAAUGGUCACCAUUGAGAUUGGAGUCACUGAGAUCCAAGAAGCGACCUUCCCUUGAGAGUAGAACAGGGGAAAUGUACGAAGGGAAAGGAGAGACCUUCUAAAAGGGUUCAUCUCUUCCGUUCAGCAUCAUGAUGACCAUUGAAUGCUGAGCUUUAAGUUGAGGUACCAGUUGAUCGAUAAUCUGCGUAAGCAAGGGAAAAUCCAGUUGGACGGCUUCAUUCCCGUAUCGAAGCAGCGACACGACCUGCGAGAAAAAGCGUUGUUUUCACUAAUUCUGGAAACCUUGAAGCAGAAGGGGAAACUCUACUCUAUGAGCGUAUUGACACCAGAAUGUGGCUUACGAGACGGCGAAAUUUUAGACGCACAUGAUAUCUGCAAGGUUCUCGGAGUGAAUUACGCGGACGUUAUCGGAGCCGAUGGCGCUUUGGGGAGCAGUGGUGAAGAUUCGCAUACUAUUUUUUUGAUUAUGUUGUGGACUGUCACUAUGCGUCAAGUACAUUAUUCAGAUGUCGUCGUGGUCGUCAACAUUAUUCAGAAAUGAGUGUGUUACUCUAUAAUUCGAUCUCUUUUUAAUUCUAGUGUCCUUCUCCUUGAUUUUCCCCUCAAAAACGUCAGCACACUCUCGCCAAACCAGAUUCCAGCCAAACCAUCUUGCUCGACGCCCUUCUCCAGUGGGUCGAGAAACAGCAGAAGGCGAAUACCACACGCGAAAUGCACAAACGGGAUAGCACUUGUCAGACGGAUGAUGCUGAUAGCUAUUUCGGCAACGUCCGCCGCAAGGGAUCUAAUGCGAAGCUUGGGGAUACUCUGGAGUGGAAACUCCAGAAAUUAGAUGCCGAAUUGAUGGGUACAGAGAAAGAGAACAACAAUCUCUUCAAUGGAACGAUGGGAUCUACUGUUAUGGAAGAGAAAAUGAGAUGGUAUUCGAACAAGUAGAUUUUUUUUUUGAGGAUCGACGUCGUACACGUACUAGUGCGUGGAAUAUACUUACACUUACACUUACUCCUCCCGCAUUAACUGUAGGAGAAGUUUCUUUCAGUUUCACAACCACUCAACAUAAAUAUCGAUCGGAGCAACUCCUCGACAAGACUCCUGAUUCUCUAACACCCGAGCCCUUGCGAAUACGAACUACCGCAACAACGCCAAAUAUCUAGAGGAGAAGAUGCUUCUGUAUCAGCAGCAGUGCGAGCGAAGGUAUAGACAGGAAAUGGAGGCUGAGUUGGGUAGGAUAAGGGCUUUAGAGCGCCAACAAAUCCGGUUGGAAGAGGCUCAGCGAGCACGCGGAGAGUGGCAGACUAGACAGCUGGAAGCGAAUAAAGUGCUUACUGAGAAGUUAAGGCGAGCAGACCACUUCCUAUCUCCUCUAUCUCCCCUUUUUGCUCUUUCUUUCACCAACAAAAGAAACCCUCUAAGCAAAGAAGAUUCUCUGCGUACCAAGGAAGAGAAAGCUCUGACGCGACUGAAAGCCAAGGAGGCAGACAUCGAACGCCAAGGGCAGGAGCAAAGAGGCUUGCUGCUCAGGAAAAUGGAAGAACAAAACCUAAUGUUAAGGCUGUACCUAAUACAUCUUUGGCCGUAUCCUUGGAACUACGUAUGCUGGAGGAGUAUCCUAAGGGAAUACUCCCCCAUACUUUUCAAGGAUGCGCUUGAAAGAUGAAUUACGGACAGCUCUAAUAAUGGUCCAACGAAAAACAGAGUGGGUUGCUCUGGAAGAGAAGCGUUUGGCAUUGGUAAGGGAGAAUAUGGUGAAAGACCGAGAAAAAUUCGCAGAAGAAAGGCGCAUAUGGGAAGCAAGUAAGCACCAGCUAGAGGACCAAGCGGAAGCGAAAUUGACCAAGCACAAAGCUGACGUGGAAAAAGCUCUGCAUGAUGAUUGGGUACUUCGUUGUAGCUAGGUGUGCUUCUAUCUUCCAUCGUAGGAUACAUUUUGAGCUGUACUUGUACAACUUACUAGGUUUCACUUUCAGAAACAUUUAUAAGCUAUCUACUACGUUCUUCAGAAACUACUAACCAAUACCAAAUUUCACAAGAAGAACUACAUCCAAAACCAAAAUCAAAUCCUCCUUCAUCACAGUCCAAAGCCCGAGACUUCCAACUAGCUGUGGAGAAAGAGAAGUGCGGUCUCGAACUCCUCAAGCAAGAACGUUCUAAAGCAUUAGACGAGGAACGUAAGACGUUCGAAAAGAACACGCAAUUGCGAAAGCAGAUAGUAGAACUAGAGGAUCGCGUCAAGGAGUUCAAGAUCCUGUACGAUUCGGCACAAAAGCAGAUCGCAAUAUCAGCGGAACAAGCGAAAGUUUAUGGGUUUGAUUUUGAUAAUUUAAAUUUUUCGCUUCGAUCCGUUUUUUCAUUAUGAUAUAGGUAAGGGUACGAAAAAUCUCAUAGGAGGAAGCUCACUCAGAAGUUCACGUUGCCAUGAAGGGGUUACACCCCUUUCAUACCCACGAGCAGAAGCAAGCAGAAAAACUUGCAGCGGUCAAUGAUAUGCGAGAAGCUGAGAUUCACAGACAAGAAGAAGCUGCAGUGGCUUUGCGCGCGAAGGAAGCUUUGUUGAUCAAACAACAGGAAGAAAAUCUCAAGCUUUUGCAGGGUCAAGUCGAAGAAAGCAGGAAGGAGACGGCGGUAAUUUUGUUUAGUUCGUAGCACACACCUAGUCCUAGAUCCAGACUACGUUCUUGUAAAUUUAGUUCUUUCUUUCAAACGUGACACAAUCAAAUCAACAGACGCUCAGCAAAUACUGCUUACACGACGAACAAUCUCACUCAUUCAUCCACCCAUCCAUCCAUCCAUCCAUCUCAUCUACUUCAAUUCGAACACCAGACCAAGCACAGCGAGUUAGAGCGCGCAGUUGCCUCUCGCUCGCGCAGUGACAAGGAAGCUGAAGAUCAGAGGUCGGAAGUUUUGAAGCUCAGAGAAGACAAUAUCCGACUCAAAGUCGAGGUCGAACGCCUACAACGCGCGAACGAAGACGGCCUACUCAAAGAACGAGAGAUGAGAAAGAUGGAACAGAUUAUAUUGGCGCAAUAUCAACAAGGUAUAAUUUUGUUCAUUUACUUAUAUAUUCGAAUUGGACGUUUUUUAUCCUGACUCUUCUGGCAGGAUUGUUGUUGUUAGUGCCUCGAAGCAGAUCAAGAUGGAUAACUUUUUUCCUCUUUUUUAGAUAAUCGACGUCCUAUACAUUGUCAAUUCUCUUCAAACGUCCCAUACCAGGUUCCAUCUCCCCCAACAAUCGUUCUGUUGACGGUUCUCCCGUAGUGGACGCAGAAAAGCUUUUCACGAAAUGGGAACAGGAUAUUGACCGAGACCUAGCUACGACGUCAAGUCGUAGAAUUGCGCCAGGAUCUUCAUCCGGGUUCUUAGGUUCGUCUUCGAGUCGGGGAGCAGCUGGAAAUAGCCAUGCGGACACAGUCCUUGGUGCAGCGGCGUUGGAGAGGAAAACGAGACAGUUGAAUCAAGAUUAUGGCAAUGUGGGUCUGAGCUUGAUUGUUUGAUGACUUGAAAAAUACCCUGUGACUGAGGACUUCUCAUGAUACCUGAAAAAAUGCUUACAUGGAUUCUUGCUCUUCCACUCCUACUCGUACGCCGACCUGUACUCUUACUCUUCUAACACAAAAUAGCUGACUUUGCACGCAACGGGUUCUUCAAAACCGGCAACAUGUCGCUCUCCAGGAGCAGUGGGCCCUUGGACGUAGAAGCCAUUCUGAAAGAAGCUGGAGGUGGUGGAGCACAUGCCAGUUCCGAUGAGGAAGAUGUGAUCAUAGUUAAGGCGAUUAGAAGUCCUGUGCUAUUUUUAGGAGUGAUGAUAUACUCCAUCAUGUCUUCGUGUUCCAGCGCUAAUCAACUUGGCGGUGGCGCACGAGCAACGGCUGAGGCACUGGCAAACGGAGCGAAGAAGGACAACAGCCAGGAAGAAGAUAGGAUAGAAACUAUCAAAUCAUCCACAGCUAUAUUCGCUCCCAUGAAAAUAUCAGGAGGAAUCGAUGUAGAUCGGGAUAACCAUGACUUCAGCGGUAACGACAAACCUAUGCCUAAACCGGCAGGAACAUCUUCGACAACAAUCAAGUAUGUUGAACAGACGCGUGAUGCUUUCACAACUGGCUUCGUCUCCUCACCACCGAUGUCAUCGCGGGAGAUCCGUGAUCAAUUUCAGGCUAGUCCAGUGCAGAUUCGAACCGGAUCAGGUCCAGGAUCUGGAUUAUAUAAUGCGAAGAAUAAGACAGCUGGUGGAGAAGUAGAUGGAGGUGAGAUGGUCUUACGUUCCGUGACCGACUUUGCGGCUGCUCCGCGUGGCGGGCAGCCUGGCGCUGUAUCUAGUAUGAUGACGGCAUCUUCUUCUGAGGCAGAACCUCUAGGAUUGCAGCCACCAUCGCCGCCGAAGCCCAGUCAAACGGUAAGUGUUGGAGGUGGAGUGAUAGCAUCUACUUCGAGCUUUGGAGUUGAAAAGAUGGUUCUUCAUCUUGAGGGAAGAUCAGGUGGUGCUGCUGGAUCAUCAGGAUCGGGUUUUCGCCAAGACAAAACGCCGGAUGAAGAAGUGCCCGUAGGUGUAGGAACACAAGCAGCAGUAACAUCGUCGGCGCUAGAGACUGGUGGAAUUCCUGAUGAUGCAAAAAGCGAGGGCACAAAAAGCGAAAUGUCUUUACACUUAGACCAUUUUUUCGCUUCCUCUAGUACAGGAGGUGGAGCCAAGAUGGAGAAGGACAAAGUAGAACAACAAGAAGAUGUUUUUACUGUAACAUCUUCUUCGUUUGCGCCUCCUGCUGGUGCUGCUCCUGCUGUUGGUGCAGGAUCAGCAACUGCCUUCUCAUCGUCUCCGUUCACAGAACAACAAGAAGCCACAAUAUGAAACCAAAAUCUGUUAUCAUUAUCAAGUUUCUUAAGUAGAAAAGUAUGAUAAUGAUAACAUAUUUUGGCUUCAUACACAAAAGCAUCCGUGCUUCCUCCAAUUGUCCCUGGGAAAACAACUACUGCAACAAUUGUACCUGCUAGUUUUAGGGAAGAAACUCAAACACCUGCCUCAGAUGCCCCUGCUAUGGCCACGCAGUUAGACAGCGUAUACCAGGGAUUACUGAGUAGGAGAAAUGCGGAGAAAGCAGCUGACGUGGAAGAAGACGACAUCAUCGAAGAAGAGAUAGAGGAAGAGAUUUUUUCGCAGGGUGAAAGCUUCAAAAGUGAAGACUUUUAAGAUGGGCCUGGUGAUGUUGUUACAACCAUGUGGGCCAUGCGGUUGCGGGAAGGGGGCUGGGGGUACAAAAGCGGGAAUCGGGUUACCAUAAUCCGCUUGCGAGAAGGGGG